AUGGACUCACCUGUAAUGGCCACCGUCCCCGCAACAUCUUCUUCGGAGAAUGUUAGUCAGGCGUCGUCCGCCUUGUCAAGGUCUGCUUCUCUGCCUCCGCACUCCCAGGCAGCAUCAGUGCUCAUCAUGCUGAUUGUCACAGUCAUCAUCCUCGUGACGGUAGUGGGGAAUGUACUGGUGGUGGUGGCCGUGUUUACAAGCCGUGCCUUGCGGGCUCCUCAAAACCUGUUCCUGGUGUCUCUGGCUUCAGCGGACAUACUGGUGGCGACACUGGUCAUCCCUUUCUCCUUGGCCAACGAGGUGAUGGGCUAUUGGUAUUUUGGCUCCACCUGGUGCUCCUUCUACCUGGCUCUGGACGUUUUGUUUUGCACUUCAUCCAUUGUCCAUCUUUGCGCCAUCAGUCUCGACCGCUACUGGUCUGUCACUAAAGCGGUCAGCUACAACCGCAAACGGACUCCCAAACGGAUCAAAGUGAUGAUCAGUGUGGUGUGGCUGAUAUCUAUUGUCAUCUCUUCACCACCUCUUCUCAUGACGCAUACAGAGGAGAGAUGGGACAUAACGGAUGAGAACAAAGAACCUAAGAGGCAAGAGUGUCUACUCAACAACCAGACAUGGUACAUCCUCUCCUCCUGCAUCGUGUCUUUCUUCGCACCAGGAGUCAUCAUGAUACUGGUCUAUUGUAAGAUUUACCGCGUUGCUAAACAGCGUGCCUCCACUGUAUUUGUGGCCAAAAAUGUGAUAGAGCGCCAACCGUCCCAAUCUGAGACCUGCUUUGCUGGCACCCUUAGGUGUAGCCCAGCAGCUGGAGCCAAGUGCAGAAAAUCCCGGGACGAGACGGACAAUGCGCCACUGGAGAACAGACACAGCUCUUCCAACGUGGAGAGCAACAGCAGCAGCCACAAGAUAGGAGAAUUGGACAAGAUAAAUUUAGAGGAGAUGACAUGGGAGGAUGACGUCAAAACAUCGUUUUCUGCUUCACUCCGCUUCUCCAGGAGAUCUGGUGGGAAGGGGAAAACAGAGGAGGCAAAGGGCACUGAGGGACCGGCAUCUAGGUUAAAGCCUCCUCCUCCAUCCUGUGCUUCAAUAUCAUGGGUAUCAUCUGAUCACUGCUCCCAUCACCUCCUCCUCCCUUCUCCAGUGCCGCUUCGAAGCAGGCAGAUGUCGUUAUCCAAAAACAAAGUAGCACAAAUGAGGGAGAAGCGAUUCACGUUUGUUCUGGCAGUAGUGAUGGGGGUGUUUGUCCUCUGCUGGUUCCCUUUUUUCUUCACUUACAGUCUCCAAGCACUCUGCAAGGAGAAAUGUGCAAUCCCUGAUGCUCUCUUUAACCUCUUUUUCUGGAUCGGCUACUGCAACAGUUGCCUGAACCCAAUCAUAUAUACUAUUUUUAACCGAGACUUUAGGAGGGCCUUUAAGAAGAUUAUCUUCCAGUCUCGUAAACGGGCAUAA